AUGAAAGCUCGUUGAUGCGCUGAUCCUCGGCAAAAGUGGGCCGAUGCCACCGCGUUUGGGUGUCCGUAUGUUUUGGUGUCGAAUUUUAAUUGAAAACAAAAGUUGGAAACGCGAACAGCACCGUGAUUAGCGCAGACGUUGGCCGAAUUUUCUCGGAAUCCGGCGGCCAGCGAGUUCCGCAGAGCGGCGGCAUGGCCCUCAACAAGAAGAGUGACCACAAUUUCUCCUCCAAGAUGCUGAAACCCCAAGAAAAAUCCAAGGCGGAGGUGAAAACCCUCAGAUUUCAGCUCACGCUUGGCGAGUCUAACGAGAAAACGUGUCCAGAGUUGAACUUCCGGGAACUCGUCGAGUCAGAGGAAAAGAGAGCGUCGAAAAAGAUAGCUAGUUUGAAGGAUGGCAAAAACAGUAAUCUAAUGGAUGUUGAUGAUGACGAGCGUCUUCAAAUGGAAGCUAUGGCUAGGAAAUUUGAAGAAAAAUAUGGAGGAACCGGCAAGCCAAAGAAGCGUAAAAAGGAAAAGCAGAACGAAGAAUAUAGAGAUCUUGGCGCAGGCUACGAUGACAAUGACUCUUUCAUUGACAACACCGAAGUGUAUGAUGAAAUAGUGCCUUGCGAAAUGACAACAGCUCAGGGCGGCUUUUACAUAAAUUGUGGAGCCUUGGAGUUUAAGCAAGUUGAAAUAGAGGAAGCCCCUUCAGAUGAUGAAGAUCAAGUCAAAUCUAAGAAGAAAAAGAACUCAAAUGCAGCCAUCUGCUCUGACUCGUCGAGUGACGACGAUGAAGAUGACAGUGAUGAUGAUGAAGAUGAUGAUGACGAUUCCGAAGAAUCUGAUGGUAAGGAGGAGCCUGAAAAGGUUGACAAACCCAAAGAGUCCCAGCCGUCUCAACCAGCAGCUAUUGCCAACGGUGUUGUCAAAGCAGUGGAGACUCCUGUCAUAGCCACCAGUAAAGAAGUAAGCAAUAAAGUCCUGAAGAGACCGCCUCCAGACUCUGCUCCUAACGACGUGCCUCCAAUCAAAAAACCUUCAUCCUCUCCAGAAAUAAUUGAGGUGGAGCCUAAGAAGGAGAUUAAAAAACCAGCUAAACCACUACCUGCAGCACCACAAGGCUCAGCCAUUAGCAUAGAGACUGCACUUAAAAAUGUUCCUGACUUGACUGUUACGAUGAAGCCUCAGCAAAAACCCGAGGUGAAACAGCAGUCGCUUGUCGUCGAGCCAGCCAAACCCCAACUUAAGGAAGUGCCCAAGGAUAAGAUUAUGAUGCCAAAAGAGAAGAGUUCAAUGCCAAAAGAGAAGAGCUCAAGUAAGCCUGGCAGUUUCUUCCAACAACUACGGGCAGCUGUUGCCACAGCUACAUAUCAGAGAGAGGAUAAAAGACUGAACAAUGAAAAAUCAUCUCCACUUGAAGCUCCCUGGAACCGUGAAAUCUCAAAUUUGGUCGAGAAAAACAUGGAUUUGUUGCUCAUCGAUGGUCGGCUGAACAAAGAGGUUAUUGAAUCAAAAUUUCUACCCCUGUGGCCUAACAGCUGGAUGUUCAGGGAUAAUUUGUAUCUGAACCUCAACAGUUUACUCAGGAAACUCAAACCAAACGCUUCAAAACCAAUUCCAACUUCGUUAUUAAACUCCUCUCAAACAACCAUCACUCCAAUACCUCCAAAGCCUGCGAAGCAACACAGAUCUGACCAGUCGAACAGCCACAAUUCAAGUGGAAGUAAAGAAAAGUACUCCCCAGGAAGUAGGCAGCACGAGCCCCAUGAUUCUCGAGACUCCAAAAUCAUGUACGCAAGAAGUGAGCCGCAGGUCAUAGACGAUCUCCUCACUCAGGUCAUCAAAGAGCACCUUCCGUCACCAAAACCCAGCACAAGCAGACCUAGUCAAAUGCCUUCCAAGAGCGAACCAAGCCGACAUCUCAAACUGGUGCCUGAGGAGGAUCUCCGGAGCUUAAAAACCAAUUCUUCUCCCGCCUUGUCUGUCGACUCGGAAGCUUCGGUGCAAAUGGAAAUGAGACGGGUGAUGCAGGAGUUGGUCGAGCUGAACGAGCGCCGCAGCAUAUUUCCAUCGUCGGUGACAGUGAGUGAGGCAGCUUCAGGAUCGACUUCAUCACGCAUGUCAGCUGCAACCGCCUCCAGAUUGAUGACCUCAGCAUACAAUGAACAACUGGCCUCAUUCCAAAACUUCCUUCCAAGGCAUUGUGACGACAAACAAAACCCAAUGGACAUGUUCUCAAAUCCGUCUCUCAGAAUGCCACAAAUGGCAAAGGCAGGAGAUUUCCGAGGCCAACCUGCAAGUUUCUUGACCAAUCAAAUCGGAUUCCAGGACGAGUUCCAAAGGCAUUUGACUUCUGUCCGAAACCCCACUGACCCUCUUUUCCCGCAGAAUCUUCCCACAGAAAGAAAGAAAAAUAAGUAAGAUAUCAAGUAAAAAUGGUUAUAAAAAUUGAGUCCCCCUCCUUGAAUUUGGUUAUAAGAAGUAAAUUACAAUGAGUGUGUCAUAUGGGUAAAAUAUGCAAUAUUGUCUGUUUGGAAUUUUACUUAAUUUUGCCCUGUGCCCAAACAGACUUCUCCAAGAGCUGGAAAUACUGAAGUCAAAGUCCCCCUUAGCCAUCAAGCUGCCAUUGUGAGAUGAGAAUUGUUGAAACCAAGCAGCUGCCGCCUAUGGGCCGUGCUGCGCUGAAAAUAAUUAUGACUCAAUUUGCCAAGUCUCAUCAGUAUUAAUUUAUAAUUGUUUUUAUUGUUGUGUGCGUAUGAUGUGUAUAGAAUUUUUAAGGAGCUGCAUGAGUCACACACAAAUUGAACAACUUUCACUUAAUUUCCAAUUAAAAUAUUCAAUUUACAUAUUCUCAUAAUUUUCCACACAGCUCUCAACUCUUGUUUUCUAGUAUUUUCAACCAUUUAAGAUAUGAAUAAAUAUUUAUUGAAUAUUUAAGAAUAA